AUGAAUAAACUGAUGAUUGAGUUCCAUGAAUACUUAAAAUCAUGCAAACGAAUAGUGGCAUUAUGUGGAGCAGGUCUUAGUGUGUCAUCAGGAUUGCCUACAUUCAGAGGGAGUCAAGGAUUAUGGAAGAAUUUUAAUAUGAUUGAUUUAGCAACACCUGAUGCAUUUUAUAUAGAUCCAGGAUUAGUUUGGCAAUUUUAUUCUUGGAGAAGAUAUCAAGCAUUACACAGUCAACCUAAUAAUGGACAUAAAGCAUUGGCGAAAUUACUGAAACUUGAAAAUAUUGAUUUUAUAACGAUAACCCAAAAUGUUGAUGGAUUAUCUAUACGAUCAAAUCAUGAUAAAUCCAAGUUAUAUGAAAUUCAUGGUUCGUUAUUCGAAUUGAAAUGUACAAGUUUUACAUGUAACUAUAAAGAUCAUAAUAAUUUCAAACAUCCAUUAACAAAUGCAUUAAAAGAGACAGAAGAAGAAUUUGAAAAUGUACGGAAACGGAGAUUUCAAGAAGAUCAAUUAAACAGUCCACAAUUUAACCCCGUCAAAGAAAUUAAUGAAGAUGAAUUACCUAGAUGUCCUAUUUGUAAUGAUUUAUUAAGACCUGGAGUAGUUUGGUUUGGUGAAAGUUUAUCAUUAUCGAUUUUGAAUCAAAUUGAUAAUUUUAUUGAACAAUCCGUCGACUUGAUUUUAGUAGUAGGAACUAGUGGUACGGUUUAUCCUGCAAAUAGUUAUGUUGAUAGGGUAAUUCAUCAAGGAGGGAAAGUGGCAAUAUUCAAUACAGAUAUUGAAGAAAGUUCAUUAAAAGAUAAUGAAAUUUGGGGAUUCAAAGGCGAUGCAGCGGAAUUAUUACCCAUAGCUUUGAAGCCGUUGAUUGACGAGUAA